CCGCGCAGCCCGGCGGGCGGAGGCGGAGGCGGAGGAGCGGAGCUCGCUGGUGGAGCCGGCGCUGCCGGGGCCGGUCUCCCAUGAGCGGCGCGGAGGCGCCCCACGAUCCGAGCCCCUGCGCCCCCUCCUCACGGCUCACCUGGUGCCGGUUCAGACGAGGAAACUGAGGCUCAGAGGGGCUUUGUGACCCGCUCAAAGCCACACAGCCAGGAGGCAGCCCGCCAACUGGAACCCCUCGCCCUCCUGCCCCCACGGGGCCGGCCUUGCCCGCAGAUGGCUCUGCUGCCGCCGUGAGCUAGAGCCCGCCCCCGCCCCCCGCCCCCCGCCCGCCCGCCGCCCGCCCGCCCGCCGCCCGCCCGCCCGCCGGCCGGCAGGAUGCAGCUGUGGAAGGCGGUGGCGGCGACGCUGGCCUUCAUGGCGGCGGACAUCGGCGUGACCACGGCCAUCUACGUCCUCAGCCGCCCGGACCGCGGCCUCCUGGAGGACGUGCGCCACUUCAACGUCUUCGACUCGGUGCUGGACCUGUGGGCGGCCUGCCUGUACCGCAGCUGCCUGCUGCUGGGCGCCGCGCUCGGCGUGGCCAAGAACAGCGCGCUGGGGCCGCGGCGGCUGCGGGCCUCCUGGGUGGCCAUCGCCCUGGUGUGCCUCCUCGUGGGCAUCUACGCCGUGGUGAAGCUGCUGCUCUUCUCCGAGGUGCGCAAGCCCGUGCGGGACCCCUGGUUCUGGGCCCUCUUCGCGUGGACCUACGUCUCGCUCGCCGCCUCCUUCCUGCUGUGGCAGCUGCUGGCCGCCGUGCGGCCGGGCGCCAAGGCCCUGGAGCCCGGGGCGGGCGCCGAGGCGGAGGCCGAGGACCAGCCGGCGGCCCCCGAGCAGGCGUCCGGGGCCACGCUGCAGAAGCUGCUGUCCUACACCAAGCCCGACCUGGCCUUCCUCGUGGCGGCCUCCUUCUUCCUCAUCAUCGCGGCUCUGGGAGAGACGUUCCUGCCCUACUACACCGGCCGCGCCAUCGACGGCAUCGUCAUCCAGAAGAGCAUGGAGCAGUUCAGCACGGCCAUCGUGGUCAUGUGCCUGCUGGCCCUCGGCAGCUCAUUUGCCGCAGGUAUUCGGGGCGGCAUUUUUACCCUCAUAUUUGCCAGACUGAACAUUCGCCUCCGGAACUGCCUCUUCCGCUCGCUAGUGUCUCAGGAGACGAGCUUCUUUGACGAGAACCGCACAGGCGACCUCAUCUCCCGCCUCACCUCGGACACCACCAUGGUCAGCGACCUGGUCUCCCAGAACAUCAACGUGUUCCUGCGGAACGCGGUCAAGAUCACGGGCGUGGUGGUCUUCAUGUUCAGCCUCUCGUGGCAGCUCUCCCUUGUCACCUUCAUGGGCUUCCCCAUCAUCAUGAUGGUGUCCGACGUCUACGAGGCUCUCCAAGGAGGUCCAGAACGCGCUGGCCCGCGCCAGCACCACGGCCGAGGAGACCAUCAGCGCCAUGAAGACCGUGCGCAGCUUCGCCAACGAGGAGGCGGAGGCCGAGGUGUACGCGCAGAAGCUGCAGCAGGUGUACAAGCUCAACCGGAAGGAGGCGGCCGCCUACACCUACUACGUCUGGGGCAGCGGGCUCACGCUGCUGGUGGUCCAGGUCAGCAUCCUCUACUACGGCGGCCACCUCGUCAUCUCGGGGCAGAUGACCAGCGGCAACCUCAUCUCCUUCAUCAUCUACGAGUUCGUCCUGGGGGACUGCUUGGAGUCCGUGGGCUCCGUCUACAGCGGCCUGAUGCAGGGCGUGGGGGCCGCCGAGAAGGUCUUCGAGUUCAUCGACCGGCAGCCAACCAUGGUGCACGACGGGAGCCUGGCCCCCGACCACGUGGAGGGCCGCGUGGACUUCGAGAACGUGACCUUCACCUACCGCACGCGGCCCCACACCAAAGUCCUGCAGGACGUCUCCUUCAGCCUGUGCCCGGGGAAGGUGACGGCGCUGGUGGGGCCCUCGGGCAGCGGGAAGAGCUCCUGCGUGCACAUCCUGGAGAACUUCUACCCGCUGGAGGGCGGCCGCGUGCUGCUGGACGGGAAGCCCAUCGGCGCCUACGACCACAAGUUCCUGCACCGCGUGAUCUCCCUGGUGAGCCAGGAGCCGGUGCUGUUCGCCCGCUCCAUCACGGAGAACAUCUCCUACGGCCUGCCCACCGUGCCCUUCGAGAUGGUGGUAGAGGCAGCGCAGAAGGCCAACGCCCACGGCUUCAUCAUGGAGCUGCAGGACGGCUACAACACAGAGACCGGGGAGAAGGGCGCCCAGCUGUCCGGGGGCCAGAAGCAGCGCGUGGCCAUGGCCCGGGCCCUGGUGCGGAAGCCGCCCGUGCUCAUCCUGGACGAGGCCACCAGCGCGCUGGACGCCGAGAGCGAGUUCCUGAUCCAGCGCGCCAUCCACGGCGCCCUGCAGCAGCACACGGUGCUCAUCAUCGCGCACCGGCUGAGCACGGUGGAGCGGGCACACCUCAUCGUGGUGCUGGACAAGGGCCGUGUGGUGCAGCAGGGCACCCACCAGCAGCUGCUGGCCCAGGGCGGCCUCUACGCCAAGCUGGUGCAGCGCCAGAUGCUGGGGCUGGAGCCCGCCCUGGACCGCGCGGCCGGCCACAGCGAGGCCUGACCGCCCGCCCGAUGCCCGCCCGGCAGAGGUGCCCGCGGAGGGCAGGCCUUGGAGCCCAGGCCCCGGACCCGGAGGGCGGCCGGCCACACCCAUGUCACUGCUUCCUGCUUCUCGCCUGGCCCCCGUGGCCCCUGUGGCCCUGUGGCCCUCGUGGCCCCCGCCCCCGCCAGCCCGCGGGUCUCUCCACCUGGUCUCCGAGGCGAAGGCACGGCACCUCGUCACACCAGGAUCUCACCGGGCCGGCACCGCUCGGCUGGACGGUCCCCGGUCAACCCCCAGGUUUAAAAAAAAGUUUCUCAUGGGGCGUCGUGGUGGGCAAGGUCACUGAGAUGUUCUAGAAGCUUCUGAGCCAUGGAAUGAGUGACCCUCCUCGGAGCCUGGGGCCGGUCAGGGGGGAGCUAGGCCUCUGCCCGUUGUCCCCGUCCCUCCCUCUCCCCAGCUUUGUGAGUCGGCCCAGGGUGGGUGGGAGGAUGCCCGCCGCCUGCCCAGUCCUGCCGGCCUCACUGUGAACCACUGCGAACCUUAACUGGGGGAGGGAGGGGCUGGCUGGGCCCGGCGGAGCCUCGGGUGACCCCGGCCCAGCACCCGGCGUCAGCCCCACCCCCACUCCCCCCACUGGCCGCCCCUCCUGCCCCCCCCGCUCCCCCCCCCCCGCCCCCCGCCCCCGGGCCCCUUGCUGUCUGGGAGGCCCGUUCUCUGCCCUGAUCGGUGGAUGGGACGGUGGCAGAGUUCAGGGUCUGGCUUUGCAGGGAGGUUGCAGAAUGUUGGGAGAACCCAGUCAAUAAAGUGUACUACCUCUGA